AUGACUGACUUGUUUCAUGGUAUACGUAUACUACUUGGCUCCACGUGCUUGUUUGCCCUACUCUUUUACAUUGUCAACCGUCUAUCUGACCGCUUCAUCAAAGUCUAUCGGGACUUUUCAAUCCCUGAACAGGGUGAUUGGUGUUCACGUGUAAAUUCCACAAUUCAUGCCCUAGUGAUUACUACCGGAAUGUUCUAUAGCUUUAUGCACCAGGACUGGGACGCGAAUUUAAUGCCGACAAAGGAGACACCCAUCUACUUGGCUUCGACGCUCUUUUCUUUCUCAUGUGGAUACUUUCUAUUUGACUUGUUUGUACUCGUGCUAUGGCAAGUGCCACUCUGGCGAGUCUUUGUUAUCCAUCACAUUGUAGCGGUACUGCCAUACUUGAUCUAUACGAUGCACUCGGGCUGUGGGAUGGACCUGUAUUUGCUACAAUUAUUCCUCAUGGUCGAGUUUGCCGUCAUUCCGCUCAACAUUACUACUUUUAUGGAACAACUUGGCUAUGGCAAAAGUAAGACGCACGAGUUCUUCUUCUACAUGACGUAUACUUGCUGGUUUGGAGCCCGUGUCCUGCUGCCGAUCUACAAUGUCUAUGUGUUGUGGACAAGGAUUAUCCCGAAUGCGGGAACUGCACCACUCUGCACGGUGCCAGCAGCUUUCUGCGGUCAUAUCAUAUGCGCUUUCUGCGUUGGUGUAUUUGUGUUUGUUUGGACUCCAGAUGUCUUAGCUAAGUGGCGUAUGCUGAUGUUGCAAAUGGAAGAAUAUCCCGACUACAAGCUGACAAUGCGCCAGUCCAUGACGCCACGUUCGAACCCACUCCAGACGCCUUCUGAUGGUCACGACAAAUGGGGAGCGAGCUACGGUACCGCGUCGGGUAGUGCUCGAGAACCUCAGUGGGCUUCAGUGUCUAUCGUUUGA